AUGGGAGACGCGAGAACUAUAGAGGAUAUUAGGCGAUAUCAUCCAUCGCCACAAGAACAGUCGAUUCUAACACCUAAUCUGAAGCUAUACUUCAGCUAUCCAGAGAGAUCUCCAGAUCGAACUAGGAUCGCGAGUGAAGUAUCAUCAGAAUUGCUAAAAAUUUCAAACCAUUGGACUAACAGAGCUGUAAGGCUCUGGUUUAACAACAAUAAAAAGCUUGUUACCAACGAUUCCGGGACAGAGCCCGAAGCUCGAAAAUUAUCAAAUGGCGAGUUUACUUUAAAAGACAUUCAACCUGAAACAAAUUUACAACCUUUAAACGAUUCAGCGGCAAAUUCUUCGAAUACUUCUUCGGCAUAUAAGCUCAGACAACUAGAAGAUAAGGCUGCCUGGGUUCCUUUUGGGAGCUCAAAAAUGCAAGAAAUUAUAGACAAAUACAACGCAAUCUGUUUAGACGACAAAAAUUUUCAAUACAGCGGUUAUAACAUUUCUGCCAACUCAAUCAAAUUUCCAGCCCCUCCACCGCAAAUCAUGCCAUUUUCGAUUUCAGACCUUCUCAACAAAACAGAUUUGCCAAAAGAGAAAACAAUAUGGAGGCAUCUUAAUACAAGGGUCAUAACAAUACCAAAGAACGACGUUAAUUGCCUUACGAACGGAUACGGAGCAUACGCGCAUUCAAAAGAAGGGGUUAUGCAUAUUACUUAUACCAGUAAUCCAGAAUUCUCCACAGAAUGGAAGACAGUUUCAACGAAAGGGGUUGAUAAGAUAGAUGCAUUUUCAAUCAAUACAAGAGGUGAUUGCGCUUGGUGCAUCUCCGAUACACAAGUCCACCGUGUAGGAUUUGAAGAAGAAAACCAGUUCCAAACCUCAGAAAUCCCUUCGAAGCCGUUCCCAGAUCCACACAUUGUAUCAUCUACCGGCUUCAAUGUCUUCUCCUCCACUGCAUACAACUCAUUAUUUUUUGUCAACGACUCAAUGAACAUAUUCAAGGUCCAGCUGAACAACUCUUACGCUGGAAUCUCCGAUAUAUGUACUCAAGGUGACAAGAUUGUAUGCGGACUCGUUCAAUCAACUACCUGCAGUUUAUUUGAUAGGAUUGGAACAGAGAUCAGAUCAUUUUUAGGCCAUUGCCAGCCUAUUACUCAUAUUAGAAGUAUAAAUGAGAAUUUGUUCUGCACAAGUUCCAAUGAUUUUACAAUUAAAUUGUGGGAUGUAAGAGAACCACGUUCAGUUGCAUCGUUCUAUGCCGACGAUACACUUCCUACACUCAUUACAUCUAGCGCUAACUAUAUAAUUGCAGCAUACGACGAUUCCAAGCUGAGAGUGUUUGAUAUCAGACACAAACAGGCCAAAGCAACACUCGGAGUUGAACUAAAUCGUCAACAAACCACUUCAAUUUCCUUCAAUGAAAAACUUGAUGCACUCGUUUCAUUCUCACACACACAAGUCGAACAGGACGAGUAUUGGAUCGAUUCCCCUGAUAUGAAUUAUCGAUUUAACAUAUUUUCCCCGUUUAUCCGUAGUGGAUGA